UGCGUUGGAGGUCAUUAGGCCUGGUUUUUUUGUGAUAUAAACUGGAGUUCUAGCGAUGCUGGGUCUCAAUCGCAGUGGCUUCAAUAUCACGGGCUGUUUCGUUCAUUUAGCUGAAUGGCAUCCACUGGAAUAGCAAAAGCUGAUUAGGGGUUGGGCCCUCUCUCUCUCUCUCGCUCUCCCUUCUCUGACAAACAGUUGGGUUGUGGAAUUGAUGGUCUCUGAGUUGAGGAGCAUGCUUUUUGCAGGGUUUCAGAUCAGUUGCCUUCUGCUUCUCAGAGUUUCAAUACCUAUUUCUAAUUUUUAGGUGUCCAUGUUUUCUAAGAACUUUUUAUUUGCUAGAGCAAUGGGCUGCUGUGGUUGUUUUGGAUUUGGCAGAAGGCCACAGUUAUCCAGCCACACUUCUCAGAUGGAUUCCCGGGAUUAUUUGUUAGAUGAGGAAAUUGAAGAUGAGGAUGAUUUUUCGUAUAAUGGUGAAGUCACCAACACCGCUCAUGGAGAUGAUAGUGAGUUCCAAAGCCACGCCAAGCAUCCAGAAGAAAUUUUGAAGUUCAGAGAGCAAAAUGGCUUAAUUUGCAGGAAAUAUCCAGUCAAGGAAACCAAUACACUUAUCCGCGCAGAGGAUGAGAAUGGGAAUAAGAUGAUCAACCAGUAUGUUCGUGAAUAUAAGAUCGGUUCUGGUAGCUAUGGCAAAGUGGUUUUAUAUCGAAGCAAUGUAGAUGGGAAGCAUUAUGCAAUUAAGGCCUUUCAUAAGUCGCAUUUACUAAAACUACGGGUUGCACCUUCAGAGACAGCUAUGACUGAUGUUUUAAGAGAGGUUAUGAUUAUGAAAUUGUUGGAUCAUCCAAAUAUUGUUAACCUCAUUGAGGUGAUUGAUGACCCCAAGACUGAUCAUUUCUACAUGGUACUUGAAUAUGUGGAAGGCAAAUGGGUUUGUGAGGGUUCUGAUCCAACAGGUGGUAUUGGAGAAAGUACUGCUAGGAAGUACUUGCGAGAUAUAGUAUCUGGGCUAAUGUACCUCCAUGCUCAUAAUAUAGUACAUGGGGAUAUAAAACCUGAUAACCUGCUGGUUACUAGUACUGGUACAGUGAAGAUAGGAGAUUUCAGUGUCAGCCAAGUAUUUGAGGAUGAUAAUGACGAACUUCGCAGAUCUCCUGGGACCCCUGUUUUCACAGCACCUGAAUGUUGUCUAGGUCUAACCUAUCACGGCAGAGCUGCAGAUACAUGGGCAGUAGGAGUUACUUUGUACCAUAUGAUACUGGGACACUAUCCAUUUCUGGGGGAAACACUGCAGGAUACGUAUGACAAGAUUGUAAAUAACCCUUUAAUGCUUCCGGAUGAUCUGAACCCACAGCUGAGAAACUUAAUAGAAGGGCUUCUUUGCAAAGACCCAAAAGGAAGGAUGACUCUAAAUGAUGUAGCUGAACAUAAUUGGGUUAUUGGAGAAGUCGGUCCCAUCCCCCAGUACUUGUGUUGGUGCAAGCAGAACAAAUUGCAGAAGGAAGAAAUGAAUGGAGUGAUAACUAACAUAACCUUUACUGACUAAAUUGAUAAAUUAGUUCAGAUUUCUUUUAUGUACAGUAUGAAAGCCAGGUAUGCCUGAUACAAAGGCUUGCUGAGAGAAAUUUACUUGAAUUCAUGAGAUAUGAAAACCUUCUUUUUGUGUGUUUGUGGAAGAAGGGAAAAAUAUGUGAAAUCUAUAGGUUUUCUACUAAAAUUGGCGAGAGAAAAAGAAAGCUUGGUGUGUGUGUGUGUGAAUGUUCAGGGUUUCUACUUUUUUCUUUUCCUAACAGUCGAAACGUAACAUAAGCUGAAAUUUUGAACGAGGAAUUUGAAUGAGAAGCUUGGUCAUGAGCUCUUCUGAUUA